AUGAAUAGUCCAACCUCUACUACUGGAUCCCAACAAGACAACGUCGACGUGGCAGCCGAAGUGGCGAAGCACAUCCAUUCUGGCUGCGAAUGCCGUAUCAUCGAAGCCCCAAUCACCAGCAUCGAGAAGAUCCGAAAAGAUGGCGGCAUACCAAUCCUCAGCAUCGACACAAACGACACGGACAAACUCGAAAUAUCUGCCAAACGCUGGAACGGUGUCAGGAAGUAUGUCGUGCUUACACACGCUGUACCUGACGGCUUCGGAUUUCCGGAACACAGAACGAUAACGACAUGCCAGCUCAUACGGAUCGCGGACCGUAUGGGCAAACUACAAGUCGAGGAAGUGCGAGCCGAACUCUGCUUCUGGGAGGAUACGCUAUGCUCUCCAGACGAGACUAGCAUCGUCGAGGGAGUCUACGAGAACGCAUACGCCGUCCUUUGCUUCGAUACUCGUCCGCUGCCAAUGCCGCGAGGUACCUCGGUGGAAGACCUCGCUUUCGGCCAGUACGUGGCUUCCCUCUUCGAGAGCCAUCCACAAUUGGGCUUGCAUCGCCGCUUGCUGCUCGUGACGAACCAAGGCACAAUCGACAUGCACUCCGAUCGUGUAGAGACGCCUCGAGGUGGUCAAGAUUACAAGCUGGAUCUUGUUAAAGGCAACCUUGCGUGGAGACCUGCCCAUGAGCGUGCGGAGAGGCGCGGCGCAGCCAUCCUGCGGGACAGAUAUUCUGUCUUGCGGCAAUCUCCUCCGACACCAUGA